AUGGCCUCGACGCUACCGAGGUUGCCUGUCUUCCAGGCCAUCGCGAGUCACGACCCCCAGCGCAUCGCCGUCGUGCACUCGCUGUCCAACCGCAGCUUCAGCUACGGUCAGCUGCUGCACGACGUCGCCCAGGCCAAGGACCAGCUGCGCAACCACGCCAAUGGCAAGGAAUUGGACGGCGAGAGAAUCGCGUUCCUCGUAGAGAACAGCUACGACUAUGUAGUGACGCUUCUCUCCAUCCUGGCCAGCAACGCCAUUGCCGUACCCAUGUCGCCCGCUUUCCCCGCCCAUGAGCUGCAAUACAUCGUCAACCAGAGCGCUGCUCUCAUGCUCCUGGCCUCCGACAAGUACCAGGAGAAAGCACAGGAAGUCCUGAAGGAAGGAUUGGAGCACCAGCCCAUUUCUGCGAAGGUCGAGAAGAGAUUCGAGGCCGCGCCGAGCAGCAGCGGCGUCGAACUCAAUGCUGUUCCGGACGAGAAGGGCGGCAUGAUGCUCUACACGUCCGGCACCACCAACCGGCCGAAAGGCGUCCUGAUCCCCAUCUCCACGCUGACGGCGCAGUCGCAAUCGCUCAACAAGGCGUGGGAGUACAGCCCGUCGGACCGGCUGCUGCACCUGCUCCCGCUGCACCACAUCCACGGCACCGUCAACGCCAUCCUCGCCCCGCUCUUCGCCGGCUCCAGCAUCGAGUUCAUGUUCCCCUUCAACGCCAACCACGUGUGGGAGCGGCUGGCGGCGCCCUUCCUGCAGCCCGUCAACGGCGCCACGCCGCGCGACAAGAUCACGUUUCUGACGGUCGUGCCGACCAUCUACAACCGCCUCAUGCACGCGCUCAAGAGCCUGUCGCCGGAGCUGCAGGACGCGGCGCGCACGUCCACCCGCCCGGAACACCUCCGCCUCAACAUCUCCGGCUCCGCCGCGCUGCCGACGCCGACCAAGGCCGCGUGGUCGGACCUCAGCGCCGGCAACGUGCUGCUGGAGCGCUACGGCAUGACCGAGGUCGGCAUGGCGCUGAGCUGCGGCCUGGACUUCGCCGACCGCGUCGACGGCAGCGUCGGCUGGCCCCUGCCGUUCGUCGAGGCGCGCCUCGUCGACACGGACACGAACGAGAUCAUCGAGGACGGAGAGGAGGUGGACCAGUACGGCAGGGAGCGUCAGGGAGAGGUCCAGCUGCGCGGCCCGACCAUCUUCAGGGAGUACUGGCGCAACCCCGAGGCGACGGCGAAGGAGUUCGUCGAGGGCGAGGACGGGAAGGGCAGGUGGUUCAAGACGGGAGACGUCGCGGUCAGGCGCGAGGUGCCGACGGCCGGCAAGAGCGCGAGGCCGAGCCAGGAUUGGUGCAGGGGGAAGAUGUACUUCAUCCAGGGUAGGAAGAGCGCCGAUAUUAUCAAGACGGGUGGCGAGAAGGUCAGCGCGUUGGAGGUUGAGAGGGAGAUGCUCUCGCUACCUGAGGUCGCUGAGUGCGCCGUCGUUGCACUGGAUUCGGAGCAGUGGGGCCAGAGGGUUGCUGCGGUCGUCGUCCUCACCGAGCAGGGUCAGACUGCCGGCAAGGGCGGCAAGCCCUGGGGCCCAAUGGACAUGCGCAGGGCGCUGAGAGACGUGCUGGCGAAUUACAAGAUUCCCACGGAGCUCAAGCUGGUUGACAAUAUCCCGAGGAACGCCAUGGGAAAGAUCAACAAGAAGGCCCUCGUCCAAGCACUAUUCGCCGGCCGGCCAAAGACGCCUCCUCCCGCACCGAGGAACUAA